AAACAACUUUCCCUCUCUCCACCACAUACUCACACUCACAUAACAAUCAAAAUGGGUUUCGAAAAGGGUGACGCAAAGAAAGGUGCAGGUCUCUUCAAGACCCGUUGUGCUCAGUGCCACUCAUGUGAAGAGGGAAAGAACAUGGUAGGACCUUCCCUUCAUGGAUUGUUCGGUCGUCAUACCGGUCAAGUUGAAGGAUACAGUUAUUCUUCUGCAAACAAACAAAAGGGUAUCGAAUGGAACAAUGAAACUUUGUUCGAAUACCUCGAAAACCCAAAGAAGUACAUCCCUGGUACAAAGAUGGCUUUCGCCGGUUUGAAGAAGCCAAAGGACAGAAAUGAUCUCAUCACUUUCCUCCAAGAGGAGACAAAAUAAAGCUGAAAAUAGAAGCAUUCAAUCACACAAGUUAAAUGAUUUUGCUAGUUAGACUUCGAUAGACGAUGGUCUUCAUUCUGUUCUCUUUCAUUUGUGCUUCAUUUGACUUUUGAACCUGUAAUCGAUCUAUACAUAUACACAUUGUGUUCAUCUUUUUUGAAUCAAUAUAUUCACUGCU